AUGGACAUUUUAUUUUCAGCGAUAGGUCAGCAUUUACACAUGGAUAUAGUGGGACCAUUAAUUUACUGCGAAGGAUUCAGAUAUAUUGUUACUAUGGUAGAUAGGAAAACGGGUUGGCCAGAAGCUUAUCCUGUAAAAGACAUUAGUGCUGAAACUGUUACAGAGAUCAUGUAUUCAGGAUGGAUAUCAAGAUUUGGGUGCCCCCUACAUAUUACUACCGAUCAAGGAUCCACAUUUUUGUCACAAUUGUUUACACAUUUGACCAGAAGAAUGGGCAUAAAUAAAUUUAGAACAACAGCGUACCAUCCACAGACGAAUGGCCUCGUAGAAAGAUAG